GCGGGGCUUGCUGGGACUUGUAGUUAGACGUCCUGGCCGUCAGUUGCAGCCUACAGUGUCUGCCGUCGCGUGCCAGUUACUAAGGCGUCGGAAAGGUAGCGGCAGGGACCACCGUGGAGCGGCUCCGAGAUCCCCGGCAGGCUCGCAGGCGCGCAUCCCUCCUGACUGGGACUUCGCCUCCGCAGACCCCUCGGAGGCUGAAGCGACGCCGGAGGCAGGCCAAGGACACUGGUUAGUGGUUCAGAAAGGUAACCUCAAGAAGAAGCCCAGGGGUUUGGUUGGAGCACAAGCUGAACGUCGGGAAAGCCUGAAGGUGACUUCUUUUGAGUUCAAGGGGAAGAAAGGGUCUCGGCGGGAAAAUCAGGUGGACCUUCCUGGACGUAUCCUGGACCAGGCUUUUCUGCUAAAGCACCACUGUGUGAGGAAGCCAUCAGAUCUGUGCACUGUUAAUGUCAGUGGCCUGAAGUUCUCCAAGGCUAAGGAAAAUGACUUCAAGCAUUUUCAUUCUGUGAUUUAUAUCAAUGCCUCAGAAAACCUGCUGCCUCUAGAGGCAUUUCACACGUUUCCAGCCCUAAAGGAACUGGAUCUCGCAUUUAAUGGCAUCAAAACUAUCUACGUGAAAUAUGGAGACUUUAAGUUAUUGGAAUUCUUGGACCUUUCCUUCAACAGCCUGACUGCGGAGGCCAUCUGUGAUUUGGGGAUUCUGCCACACCUCCGUGUCCUGCUCCUCACAGGCAAUGGCCUCACCUCCCUGCCGCCCAAUUUGGCCGUCGCAGAGCAGGAGGCAUCUGUAACAUCGCUGACAAGCAAGAGGUACAUCUUGAGGUUCCCAGCGCUGGAGACACUGAUGCUGGAUGACAACAGACUCUCCAACCCCAGUUGCUUUGCCAGCCUGGCUGGGCUCAGGAGACUGAAGAAGUUAAGCCUGGAUGAAAACAGGAUUAUCCGGAUCCCAUACCUACAGCAAGUUCAGCUCUCUGACGAGUCAGUGGACUGGAAUGGAGGCGGGGGAAGUCCCCACAAAGAGCCCCAAUUCACGCUGCAGUCCAAGCCAAGGAUGCUUGAGGACUCAGAUGAGCAACUGGAUUAUACUGUACUGCCCAUGAAAAAGGAUGUUGACCGGACAG